AUGAAUACUGAAGUUAAUACAAACACUUAUUCAAAUGCUGAAGAGCUUAGAACAAAAUUGUUCCUAAAGAAAUUUACAGAUGAUAUGGACGAAUUUUCAAAAGAAAAAAAUUGGAAUUCAAUUUAUGGCUUAUGUGAAGAUAUUAAAAAAUCAAAUCGCAAACCUGAUUUAAAUAUAUAUAAUACAAUACUUCAUUCUUAUAUACCUUUGGGUUCGAUUAGAAAUUCUAUGAAGAUAUUAGAAGAUAUGAGACUGGCUAAUGUUAAACCAAAUAUAGUGACUUAUAAUUGGUUAUUGAGGACAUGCGCACAGGCACCUUCUAUUGAACAAGUUCCAUACUUAAGAGAACAAAUUUUAGAAAUGAUUACUAAAGAUGGUCUUCAACCUACAAUGAAAACUAAUGAGUAUUAUAUAGAAUCAUUAUUGGCCGGAGAAGAGUAUGAACGUGCAUUUGAUUUGUUUGAUUCUUUAACGAUAAAAAGUUUGGAAAUGCAUAUCGCGAUUAUAAGGAAAGCAAUUUCAAUAAAUGAACCAGGAUUAGUAUUAAAGUAUUUGAAAAAUCUAGAAAAUGAUCAAUUAAUUUAUGUUCCGGAAUCUUUAUAUAAUGAUAUCUUAAGAUUCUGUGCAUAUGAAUAUGACGCUAACGGUGUUCAAUAUUGUUGGGAAACACUUCAACGUCGUGGUAAAAUAGAUCUCGAUGAAGGUGCAUGCAUCGAUAUGUUAUACUUUGCUGGAAAUAAUGGAAAAGCUGAUUUAAUCUUACAAAUAAUGGAAUAUUUAAUGAAUGUUCGAAAAGUAAAACUUCAAAAAUGGCAUUUCCUUCCGCUCUUACAAUCUUACAUUAAAGCUAAAGAAAUUAAGAAAGCAAUGGAAUCAUUACAUAUAAUGCGAAAGUCGGGACUCCUAAUUAGUUUGUUUGAUGCGAACGAAAUAUUCUUACAUAUUCGAAAGAGUGCGGAAUCUAUUGAUCAUGCAUAUUACUGUUUGGAGGAAUUACAUAAUGAGGGAAAGGUUAUCGAUCCAACCGCUCUUAAUGUUAUUAUUGCAGCUUGUUCAAAUGUUGGUGGAAAAUCCAAAAGAAAUAUUGACUUGGUUCGUGCAUUUGAAACUUAUAAGGCGGCUGAAAAAUUAGGUGUUAAACCCAAUACGGAAACAUUUAAUAUUCUUUUACUCAUAUGUUGUUUUGCAAAGCAAAAAGAUGUGGCUGAUCAAUUAUGGCAAGAAAUGCAUGAAUUAAAAAUAGUUCCAAUUGGUUUAACGUAUUGCCGUAUGAUUAAAACAAUUUGUACUCAAGAUGAUUAUGAAGAAGCAUUCACUUAUCUUGAAGAAAUGAAAUCAAAGAAUAUAUUACCAUCACAAGAUGUUUAUGAAAAUAUUAUAAAAAAAUGUGUAUCGAAUGGGGAUGCAAGGGCUAGAUUAGCUUUGGAAGAGAUGGAAGGAUUUGGUUAUGGAUUAUCCGAAACACUUUACGGUUUUUUAAAUGACGUGGGUUUCGUUAUGAAUCCUAAAAAACAACAACAAAGCCAUCGUAAUAUACAGCAAAAGAAUGAUAUAUUUGAGACCAGUAGUACUACACCUAAUAAAACUUCAGAUGGCAUGGACGAGUUUGUGAAUACAAUUGCUUCAUUAAAUAAGAAUGAGCAAGAAAUAAUCUAG